AUGAUGAUGAUGAUGAUGAAGAGAUGAUGAUACCUGAUUUUUGUAUUUUUAUAAAUCACCACCACGCCUUCAGGAUAGAGGGCGCACCUAUCAACUUGUUCAUAGAGUGAUGAACAAGUAACAUAACAAAGUCAUGUAUAUCAAUAGAUAGACAGGCCCAUAAAUGCAACUAAAUUAAUUUUUACAUCCCCACCUAAACAACAUGACGUUUUAUGUUGCUACAAUUUGUAUCCGUUACAGCUUACAACGAGAGUAGAACAAGUUGUAUCAAUUUAUAUCACAACGUUCUCCAAUCACAUUGAUACAAAAAGACCACUCUGUACGAAUUUCAUCAAAAGCAAUACAACUUUUUUUUUCAAAUAUUUUAAAUACAAUAACAAAUUGUGUUUUUUUAUAAUAUACAAUUAUUAUUGUUUAUUAUUGUAAAGAAAAAGCUCAAAUCACUGCCACUUUUUUAAAUCACUAAACUGCCAGUUAUUGAGUUUUUUUUUUUUUUUUGAUAAAAUGUUUUUAGUGAAAUAAAUAAUUUUCUCAGGUGGAGUGAGUGAAGGUGACAGUGAGUGGUAAUUAUAUUUAAAUAAAUAAUCAUACGUGUUUAAAUUAUUCACUAGAAUAUUUAUUAUUAAAUUUAGAAAAUAAAUAACGAAAUUGUUACGAAAAUAAAAAAAAACAAAGAAACAUGGAAGUUGCAUCAAAAUCAUCUGCUGUUAAAUGGAUUCGUGGACUAAUUUUUGUGUUGAUCUUCUGCACAGCCAUUGAUUAUGGUUUUGCAAUGGAUAAUACAAAAGAUGCCCAUAAUUUUACAUCAGCUGUUGGUGAUUAUGUUGUCUUCAAUUGUCAUUUGGAUUUUCCCCAUGAAUUACCAAUUCCUUAUAUACUACAUUGGAAUCGUGAUGGACAUUCAAUAUUUUCUUGGUAUGAAGUACCAGGUAAUGAAAAAGCAAAUAAUGUAUUAUCUGUUGAUGAUGAAUUUGUUGGAAGAAUACAUUUACUUGAUGGACCAAAUGCCAAUGAUUAUGGACAGGGUAGUAUUAAUUUAACAAACAUCAGAGAAAGUGAUCAAGGAUGGUAUGAAUGUAAAGUUAUUUUUCCUGAUAGAUCACCAAGUUCAAGAAAUAAUGGAACUUGGUUUUAUCUUUCAAUUGAAGGUUUGUCGCAUGUCGACAAUAAAAUUAUUUCAGGUGAAAAUAUAUUAGCAGUACCACCAAUUAAUCGUACAGCUAUGGAAGGUGAAAAUGUUGAAUUUGAUUGUGUUGCUAAAGAUUCAUCAUCAAUUAUAACUUGGCUAAGAGAUGGUAUUAAUAUACCACAAAUUGAGGAUCUUCGUGAUAGAGCAUCAAUAGUCAAUAAUGGAUCAUUGAAAAUAACACCAGCAGCUGUUGGAGAUCUUGGUGAAUAUACUUGUAUCGUAACUGACAAUCUUGGUGAUCAACAAUCAGCAUCAGCAUAUUUAAACGUUCAAUAUAAAGCAAAAGUUAUUUAUGCACAAAAAGAAGUGUAUUUUCCAUAUGGUAAACAAGCUAUUCUUGAUUGUCAUUUUCGUGCAAAUCCACCAUUGACAAAUUUACGAUGGGAAAAAGAUGGUUUUUUAUUUGAUCCAUAUAAUGUACCUGGUGUUUUUUAUAGACGUAAUGGAUCAUUGUAUUUUAGUAAAGUUGAUGAAACACAUUCAGGAAGUUAUAGUUGUACACCAUACAAUGAACUUGGAACUGAUGGACCAAGUCCAUCAAUUACAGUGGUUGUUCAAAGACCACCAAUAUUUACAGUAACACCACAACGUUUAUACAUGAGAAAACUUGGUGAGAGUUUGGAAAUUCCAUGUGAAGCUAAAGAUGGUGAUCAAUCACAGCAACCUUCAAUCGUCUGGUUUAAAGACGGAUCUCCACUUUCACAGGAUCGUGCAAUAGUCAACGGUGGAAAUUUGACGAUUGAAAAAGUACAAGAACAAGAUCGAGGACUUUAUCAGUGUUCAGCAAGUAAUGGAGCUGCAACUGUUGUUGCUGAUGCUGAGCUUGUAAUUCUCAGUUAUCCACCAAGGGCACCGUAUGGAUUAUGGGCAAAUAGUAGUAAAAAUUCAAUAACACUGACUUGGGUACCUGGAUAUGUCAGACCAAAAAUGGAAUAUGCAGUUUGGUACAGACCAACUGAUACAUCAGAAUGGAAAACAAUAAAAAUUCCAUCAAAAAAAAUAACAGAAGCAACAAUUCCAAAUCUCAUACCAGGCCAAGAAUAUGAAUUUAUGGUUUUAAGUCAAGAUAAAAAUGGUGAUGGUAUGUUCAGUAAAUCAUUACGUGUUUUGACUCAAUCAAAAAUUGAAGGGACCAAUAAAAAUUCAGCUUCUGAAUUACGAGGUGGAUUAGGACCACCAGAAAAUAUUCGAGUUCAAGUAACUGGAGAAGGAUACUUGGUAACAUGGGAUCCACCAUUAAAAGGAAGAGAUUCAUUGAAAAAUUAUGUUGUUAGAUGGUUUCGUGAAACAACAGAUAGUAUUUAUGGAAAAAUUGAAACAGCAGAUACUUUUUACUUGGUUAAAAACUUGGAAGAAGAAAAGAAAUAUAUAUUUGAAAUAUUGGCAAUAUCUGUGACAGAUGAAAUUUCAACAAGUGAACAAUUCACUUUGGAGGUACCAACAUUACGAAGAAAUAGAACAAUAUCAAUGAGUCUUGUUGCUAUUAUGGGAUUUUUAGCAGCUGGUCUAAUGACCAUUUGGUGGAUGAGAAAAAAAUUUUGUCGUUCUACAUCAAAUAAAUAGAUAAUUUUUAUACAAUAUAUAUUAUUAAUAUCAUGAAAAAAAUGUUAAUGAACAAUCGAUACGUUACAUCUUCUAAAAAAUCUUUUAAUAUAAACUUUAAUAUUUUAAAAAGAAAAAAAAAAAAGAUCAAUUCAUAUGCGCUAUUUAUUUUUUGAUAGUAAUUAUAUUUUUACGUUAUAAUUAUAUUGUUUUAUUGAAGAUUUUAUUUUAAUAAUCUAGUUUUUAAGUAUACGAAUUGUUCGAUAGUCAAUUUUUGUGUUUUAUAAUUACCUAGUAAUACUGCUCGUUUACUUUUGUCAAGUACGACAUAAGCUUUUACUUCAACCAUUGCAGUCAUUGGUAAUGAUAAAGAAUUAACACUUCUUUUAUGUCUCCAAUCAUUUGUAUUACUGAUAGUCUAGAAUAUAAAAUUAUUUAGUAUUAAGUGAAAUAAAUUAAGAGUAAAAUGAAAAAUUAAAAUUAACUAACUUACGUAAGACAUGUAGAACAAUUGAAUGGUGAUUCAAGAUUAGAUUUAGAUUUAUAAUCUUGUUAUAUUAAGCGAGGUACGACAACUGAAUGACUUGUUAUAAAUUGAUGUAACACUUUACCAACUUCUCUUAUCACCAAACUCGUUCAUUUAAUUUGUUAUUAAUAUCUGUACAGCUUCAUUAUGUGUUGCUUCUUCGAAACUUGUACUAUUAUCUUUAAUUAUUGAUCUUCAAUCUGUAAAACAUGUAAUUAAUUAUAAGUUAAAGGAAUUUAAUUAAAUAUUUUUGUUAUUAUAAAC